AUGAAUCCACAAACUCGAGCAAUUACUCUCUCAAAUAUUACUCCAUCUUUAUAUAAUCAACUUCGUCUUAAACAUCCCGAAACUCUAUCAUGUCCAUGUACAUCCACCAGUAUUCCAUAUAAAACCUUUGUUUCUAAUACAAUCGUAUACCAUCCAAUAUGUACAAGCGUUUUUGUUAGCGAUGAAUGGAUUAAUGCACUUUAUGAUCUAUAUUCAAGUUCAUAUUUAGUAAUGGACUUUCGAACAACUGCAAGUUCUCAAUUUAAGUUUCUUGCUGCUUUUUGCUCGUUGUCGAAAACUCUUAUUUCUCAAGCUCUAACUGAUAUUGAUAAUAGUCAACUUAUAACCAUUCAACUUCUUUCGGAAAAUGAAGUUCAAUCUGAAAUAUCUGGAAAUAUCGAAAUUAUUCAGAGUAGUACACCGUCUCAGUUGAUCAGACCAUUAGACUUUCUUCAUGUAACAACUCAAUCGAUUUUUUUUAUUUCUGCGCUCAAAACAAAUUUUGUAGUUUAUAUCCGUUUAACAGUACUUUUUGCCUCGAUUGGCAAAUUUUAUGUUGCACCUACAUAUUAUUCGCCAGAUCCUAAUGAUUUUGAUGAAGCAGCUGUUCAGUCGGCGUCUUGUGAACUAACUAGUUAUGUUACACCGGCUGGUUUCUUUUCUUUAACACCUGCUGACAAUAUUUUCCCGAAUGCUUUCAUUUAUGAAAUGUGGCCUUAUUUUUCUACUGCUCAUAAAAAUCUUACUAUUUCUUCAAUGAUUGAUGGUUUUUUUGGUGGUUGUACACCUCUUGAUGCUGUUCUUGCAAGUACAUUUGAUUGUCUUUAUAACCAAAGCUGUCUUGAAAUGCUUGUCGAUUAUUUUCCACAACUCAGUUCAACGGAUCUUGCUUGGACUAAUCCACUUUCAGUUUCAAGUCAAAAAAAUCAAUCUUUAAAAAAUAUUUUACCAAAGUUAUUUGUGGAAAAUUGGUCAACAAAUAUUAAUUAUUCAAAAUAUUUUAUUCAAUGUGCUCCCGUAUCUUGUACAUAUACAGAAACAGAUCAAAUAAGUUUAUUUUAUACGAUUAGUCUCUUCUUGAGUAUCUAUGGCGGUCUCUGUAUUAUUCUUCGUUCAACUGCGUUUUUCUUGAUCUAUAUUUGGAUGAAAUUAAAACGUUAUACAAUAAAUAAUAAUAAUAAUAUUAAUAUUGGUAUUUAUUUUGAAUAUAAUGAAAAACGUUAA